AUGGAUGUAGAUACACCAUUCGCAACCACGCCAAUAGCUAGGGCUACCAAUGCGCCACGCACCGUGCCUACUCCAGCGCCCCGAACUGUGGUGGCAACGACGCCGGCAACUGCACCGGCAACAACGCCUGCAACUCCACCGGCACCUGCACCGGCAACAACGCCGGCACCGGUACCGGCAACCGCGUCGGCAGCGGUCCCUCAAUCAGCACCUCGUGGUGGCACUCGACCACCACUACUCCCAUCACGGACCACGGAGACCCUAAGGCCGCAUCACACGCUGCUACAUCGCAGCACGGCACGCGAAGUGAAUCGGACACCCAUCCAUCGCGGCCGCAUACCCCGAUUCCAACCCGCAGCUCGUGCCGCACCCCAGCGGAGCGCAACAUCAACGCGGCGUCGACAACCUGGGCCACCACCUCGUCGGUCUACGGGGCUGAGCAGCGUUGUGGCUACGCUGCAACAGCUGCAGCGCCUUUUAGGCUAA